CCCGUUGAGCUCCGUUAGCCAUGUCCCAGAGAGCCGACCCCGGGCGGAGGUGAUCGAGGAGCCGCCGGACGCGAUGAGAUAAGAUGGAGGAGGGCUCGUCUGUGGCGGAGGACGACGGGUGCCCGCGAGGUCCAGAGGUUUCGUGCCUGAUGCGAGUCGGGAGGAACUCGGACUGGCUCCGGCUGCUCGAAGACACCGAGGUGUCCAUUGGACGGGGUGUGGACGUCACCUAUCAGCUGCUGUCCCCCAGCUGUCCCCUCAUGAUCUCCAGGCUGCACUGCACCUUCACACAGAGGGAGGACGGACAGUGGACAGUCACCGACAAGAAGAGUCUCAACGGUGUUUGGGUGAAUGGAAACCGCAUCCACGCCGAAAAAGCCCACCAGCUCCGUCUGGGAGACUCCAUUCGACUCGGGGUCCCGGUGAGCGGAACCAAGGUGGAGUUCGACUACAUCCUGGUGCAGCGGCCGCUCAAAGACAUUAGACCUUGCCUGGCAAAGGGACAAAGAGAGGGCGCCAAAGCAGCCCACGUGUCCAAGAAGCCCAAGAGGAAGUUGCCUGUGGAAGAAGUCGAGCCGUCGACCUCAAAGCCGAAACUCUACCGCCUCUCCUCUUCCGACAAGUCUUUUGCCAUGCCAUGCCCUUUGUCUCCGGUGGAACAGCAGCCGAAGCUCCGUCCCAGCGAACCAGAGAACACUGGGCCCGUCGGAAAAGACCAGGAAGUGGAGCAGCCCCCCAAUUGCUGCCCUGACCUCUGUGACCUGGACAACCCGCAGAUGUACAACCAGAAUUUGCGGCUGCAUAGGAGCCAGGGGGACGGGGACCAGAGCCGGUCACCGUCUCCGGAGGGACGACCACAGCAGGCCGUCCCUCUCGGGGGGGAGCAGGUCCGUGAGCUGCAGGGUCAGCUGGAGACGCCCGGAGCCAAAACACAUCGGAUGGAGACGUUGGAGAAAACCUUCAGCGAAACAAAGAGGCAGCUAGAGGCCGCGAAAACGCAACAACAAGACGAGCAUUUGAAAAAACAGCUGGAAGACGCCUUGCAUGAGCAAAAGAAAGUAAUAGAUGAACUUGCCCACUCUCGGCAAGGCUUCGAGGAGAUUAUUUCGGCCAAAAACAAAGAGCUGGAGGUGACAAAGGAAGAGAAAGAAAAAGUCACACAAGUGACAGAGGUUCUGGAGAACGAGCUUCAGUGCAUCAUCUGCUCCGAGCUCUUCAUAGAGGCAGUCAUCCUGAAUUGUGCUCACAGCUUCUGCUGUCACUGCAUCAAGCAGUGGCGCCAGAAGAAAGAUGAGUGUCCCAUGUGCCGACGGGCCAUCCAGUCUCAGACCCGCUGCCUGGCGCUGGACAACUGCGUGGACGGCAUGGUGGAAAACCUGAGCCUGGACAUGAGGGCGAGACGCCAGGCGCUCAUCACAGAGAGGAAAGCCGCUGACUCUGCCGCGGUGACGGUGAUCCACGACGACGACAGCAGCUUUAGCAGCGGAAGCGACCAGGAUAGCAUCAGCAGUUAUAGCGACGACAGCCUCAGCUCGGAGGACCAGUGUUCUCUGUCCAGUGAUGACUCCGAUAUGGAAACUUAGAUGAGUUUGAGGACUUGCCCGGUUCUCCUCCGGGCUCUGAUGUGAACCGGGUUUCUUUCUGUUCCCGGGACAUUUAAAGUAUUACGCAAAAGUUGGACUUGUAAUGAGUCCAAUAACCAGACUAACCUGAGGUUUCUUUUUUUUUCUUUUGGUGAAAUUAUCAGUUGUCUUUUUGUCUAUAUUUUCAACAAAAGGAAUAAAGUUUCUGCCUAUGCAUUUUCAUAGUCAUAUCCUGUGUUUAGAUGCACCCAUCGACUGUGUACGAGCACCGACUCAUUGUGUUUAGGGUUCCGAAAAACAAGGAAACCUUACUUUCUCAAAGGUCUCCUUUCCAACUUAUAGAAGUGUUCAAGUCAAAUGAUCCCUGCCUUCAGAAGUUGUGAUGCUUGAAAGCAUUGACUCUAUGUGAAGAUGGACAACAUGACCGCUCCUCAAAAGCAAAGCCAAAGCACCGCGAUGGAAACAGGGUGAAACCUCAUGAUUGACAGCUGAGACUGACUCACGAUUGUUCAAGAGUGACUAUCGGUGCUAUCUUCCUACUGCGGAAGACUGUACUGUUUUUUUUUUUACCAUGCUACCAGUACAGCUAUACGAAGGGAAAUGCCUGUGUUGAUCCUUGAAAUAUCUCAACAAACAAUAGAUAAACUUGGAAGAAAAGUAGGAACAAUCUGCUGAGUUCCACGUUUGAGGAAAAUAAAUGUUUCAACUGUC